AUGGAGAUUAUCAAGAGCUUCCUCUGUUUCAUCUCUUUAUCGGCCAUUUUUCUUUUCACUUCCAUGGCAGAAGCCAACAAAGCACACCACCACGAGUUCAUCAUACAAGCAACGAAGGUGAAGAGACUAUGUGAAACACACAAUAGUAUAACGGUCAACGGAAUGUUUCCCGGUCCACAACUUGUAGUCAACAACGGUGAUACUCUCGUCGUCACAGUCAUUAACCGGGCCCGGUAUAACAUCACAAUCCACUGGCACGGUGUGAGACAAAUGCGAACCGGUUGGGCUGACGGACCGGAAUUUGUGACCCAAUGCCCAAUCAGACCGGGAUCAAGCUACACGUACCGGUUUACAAUCCAAGGACAAGAAGGUACACUUUGGUGGCAUGCUCAUAGUUCGUGGCUUAGAGCCACUGUCUACGGUUCACUUCUCGUCCUUCCUCCUGCUGGUUCGUCUUACCCUUUCCCAAAUCCACACCGCAACGUCCCACUCCUUCUCGGUGAAUGGUGGGACGCAAAUCCGGUUGAUGUGUUGAGAGAAUCUAUACGAACCGGAGCAGCUCCUAAUAACUCCGACGCUUACACCAUCAAUGGUCAACCUGGCGAUCUUUAUAAAUGCUCUUCUCAAGAUACGACAAUAGUACCCAUAAAUGUUGGUGAGACCAUACUACUACGAGUGAUAAACUCCGCGUUGAACCAACCGUUAUUCUUCACGGUGGCUAACCACAAGCUCACGGUGGUCGGAGCUGACGCGUCAUACCUAAAACCCUUCACCACCAACGUCAUAGUUCUCGGCCCCGGCCAAACCACCGACGUCCUCAUAACCGGUGACCAACCACCAAAUCGUUACUACAUGGCCGCAAGAGCUUACCAAAGUGCUCAAAACGCACCGUUCGACAACACAACCACAACCGCGAUCCUCCAAUACAAAUCCGCCCCUUGCUGCGGCAUCGGCGGAAACAACAAGGGCAUUUCCGUCAAACCGAUCAUGCCACUCUUACCUGCCUACAAUGACACCAACACAGUCACUCGCUUCAGCCAAAGCUUCCGGUCACUAAAACGAGCCGAGGUUCCGACAGAAAUCGACGAGAAUCUCUUUGUAACCAUCGGACUCGGUCUCAACAACUGUCCCAAGAACUUUAGGUCAAGAAGAUGUCAAGGUCUUAACGGCACACGCUUCACCGCAUCGAUGAACAACGUUUCGUUUGCUCUCCCAAGUAACUACUCUCUACUCCAAGCGCACCACCACAAGAUCCCGGGAGUCUUCACAACCGAUUUCCCGGCGAAGCCUCCGGUGAUAUUCGAUUACACAGGUAGCAACAUAAGCCGAUCUCUUUACCAACCUGUGAGAGGGACUAAGCUAUACAAACUCAAGUAUGGAUCAAGAGUCCAAGUCGUUCUUCAGGACACUGGUAUAGUAACUCCCGAGAACCAUCCCAUUCAUCUACACGGUUACGAUUUUUACAUCGUCGCUGAGGGUUUUGGUAACUUCAAUCCCAAGAAAGAUACCGCCAAAUUCAAUCUUGAAGAUCCUCCUCUCAGGAACACCGUUGGUGUACCGGUUAAUGGUUGGGCCGUCAUCAGAUUCGUCGCUGACAACCCUGGGGUUUGGAUAAUGCAUUGUCAUUUAGAUGUACACAUAUCUUGGGGACUAGCCAUGGCUUUCUUGGUUGAGGACGGAAAAGGAUUAUUAGAGAGAAUGGAGGAGCCUCCGGCAGAUUUGCCCGUCUGUUAG